AUCCAUAAGAUCCUGCAGAUUUCGGUGUUGGUGGUGGAGCUCCUGGACACGGGCUCCUCCGUGCUGGUCAGCCUGGAAGACGGCUGGGACAUCACCACGCAGGUUGUCUCCCUGGUGCAGCUGCUGGCGGACCCCUACUACCGGACGCUGGAGGGUUUCCGCCUGCUCGUGGAGAAGGAGUGGUUGUCCUUCGGGCACCGCUUCAGCCACCGCGGGGCCCAGACCCUGGCCGGCCAGAGCAGCGGUUUUGCCCCCAUCUUCCUGCAGUUCCUGGACUGCGUCCAUCAGGUGAGCUCCGAGCGAGCGCCUCGGCUGCCGCCUCUGCACCGGCCGGCUCUCCCCCAGCGCCUCCUGUACGAGGAGAAGGGCGAGCGGAAGAGCCAGCAGGUCUACAAGUCCAUCUGGGAUUACAUCGACCGGCUGAACAAGAAAGCCCCCGUCUUCUUCAACUACAUGUAUGCCCCUGAGGAUGGGGAG